AUGAAAGUACUGGGACCUGGUUGUAUUCGGUGCUAUGCUACCAAGAUACCGAGUGUUACUGUGCAACAGUUUCUGAGAGAUCCUGUGAAGAUAAUCGUUAUACCAGUGACGAACAAGAAAGUAUUCAUCUACCAUAAGCAUACCGCAGAUCUGUUGAAUGAAGAUUCUAGUGUGAUAAGACUCGAACGGUGGGUUACAAAGAAAGCUGCAGAUAUUUGGGGGAAAUUGAACUCCUCGCCAAAGAGCUAUAACAAAAAGAUUGUGUUAUGGGUGAAUAAGCUACUGAUGAAUACUCCAUGGACCGAGAAUAGUUUGAAAACGAUACCUGGUGAAAACUACCUGCUCAAGAGAGUGAGUAAGAAAGAUGAACCCAAUGAUGAGACAAAGCUUUCGUUGACAGAGUAUUUAAGUUCGAACAUUCCAUUAGAACCCAAACCUCUAAAUGUUUACUUGCCGGGGUCGAUCCUCAGUGAAGAGGAAGUCAAGUUGCAAUUCGAAAAAGAAUACCGCACUGGAAUGCAGUAUCAUAAAAAGCAGAUGCUUCUUUGUUUGUUAGGACUCCCACUAACGCUGCCCGUAAUCCUCGUCCCAAUUAUACCGAACGUACCGGGGUUUUACCUCACAUAUAGAGCAUAUUGCAAUUACAAAGCAUAUGCCGGUGCCCAACAUUUGAAGACUAUAAUGGAGAAGCAGUCUCCGAAAUUAGAGUUUAGAGACAUCGAGGAAUAUGACAAAAUCUUUAACACGCAAGAGACCUUGCUAUUGAAUGAUAAGACCUUACCAAAGAUAAUCGAACUUUUAGAGAUACCAGAGAUGAAAAUUGAUCUAGAGAAAGUGGUUAUACAAGAGAAAGCACGAAUCGAAGAGAUUCAAAGAGACUAG